AAAAGCAGCCAUGUCAAGUGAAAAAAAGAGCGAUGUGAACUAAUUGCGGAGAAGAAGAAGAAGAAGGGGCUGUUAUUUCGAGAUACACUGUGUUAAAGUCAGCGGAGCUGUUUAUAAAUGACAGUUAGCCUUGUACUAAAUUUAGGCGCUGUUGAAGUUGGUCAGCAUUAUGUUUCUUUUAUGCGGAUAAUACCAUUACUGGGACAGUUUGACAUCGAUGUCCUAAGAACGGAAUAAUAAACUGAACCUGCUUCGCGUUUAGUUCUGGAGAAAACGAGCCAAAUGAUGUCAGGAAAGCAUUACAAGGGUCAAGAAGUCAGCUGCUGCAUCAAAUAUUUCAUAUUUGGAUUUAACAUAAUAUUUUGGUUGCUUGGUGUGGCCUUCCUUGGAAUCGGAUUGUGGGCAUGGAGUGAGAAGGGAGUUCUUUCUAACAUCUCCUCCAUCACGGAUCUGGGUGGAUUUGAUCCAGUGUGGUUGUUUCUGGUGGUGGGAGGGGUGAUGUUCAUCCUGGGUUUCGCUGGCUGUAUCGGGGCCUUGAGGGAAAACACCUUUCUGCUCAAAUUUUUUUCUGUGUUUCUGGGGAUAAUCUUCUUCCUGGAGCUGACCGCUGGUGUCCUGGCCUUUGUCUUUAAAGACUGGAUUAAAGAUCAGCUCAACUUUUUCAUCAACAACAACAUACGAGCCUACAGAGAUGACAUUGAUUUGCAGAACCUCAUCGACUUCACUCAGGAAUAUUGGGAAUGCUGUGGGGCGUUUGGAGCAGAUGACUGGAACCUCAACAUCUACUUCAACUGCACAGAUACCAACCCCAGCCGAGAAAAAUGUGGCGUGCCCUUCUCCUGUUGCACCAAAGACCCAGCGGAGGAUGUAAUCAACACACAAUGUGGAUAUGAUGUUCGGGCAAAACCGGAUGCAGAGCAGAAGACAUACAUUAAUGUCAAAGGCUGUGUGCCGCAGUUUGAGAAAUGGCUGCAGGACAACCUGACAAUAGUGGCUGGGAUCUUCAUCGGCAUCGCUCUGCUGCAGAUAUUUGGAAUAUGCCUUGCACAAAAUUUAGUCAGCGAUAUUGAAGCUGUGAGAGCCAGCUGAUUCUCUCUCCCACUUCUAGUCCCGUUUAGCUCCUCGGACUGUGUGCUGCGUGGCAUCAAGCCUCAUCCCUCAUUAUAACCUUCAUCCGCCAGCUGGCCUUGCUGCAACCCUUCCAUGCAUCCCACAUCAGUCUUGUUCUCUCUAGCUGAAAAUCAUUUGUUCACAUGAAGUGGCAGCUAGUCUUGCAGACCCUCACAGGCCUACGCCAGCACGAUUAAAGUAGCGAAUGAUGAACACAAGAUGCCAAGUGCACUAGGUUGUGUGUGUAUGCGUUUCCACCGUAACCUUUUACCAUCUGUAAAUAGUGCUACUUUUUCUAGAGUGUUUUAUGUGUCAAAAUGUGUGUAAUGUGAAAAAAUGAUGUGUCCACAGAGGUUGCGUUAACCAAAAAAUUACCACCAUUUGCAGGACUAUAAAAGCAUUACAAAAAGCAUCAUUCGAAACACUUUCCAUCACUUUGACAAAAAAUAUAAAAUAUGCACAAACAUAAUUGAAACCAGGGUCCGUCACAAUUGGCUCGCUAUAGUUCAGUAUUCAGGACACUGGUCAGGGAUGUCUGGUGCACCGAACGCUUGCUCACUAAAAAUUCCCACAAUGCACCAUAAAAACCAGUGAACUAAUGCUAAAUAUCACAUAAACAAUAACAACAAAUGAGUCAGUGUUACAGUCAGUGUUAACAUCAGGCUUUUGGAGAACGCUUAUUUUGUUCAUCUCACAAUCAUCAUUGUAUUGCAUUGCAUUAUAUGUUUUAAAACUACAGAGCUUUGAUCAUAAAGCAUUUAAAUAUCAUCUGACUAAGACAUAUAUAAUACAGCGUGACACAUGAUAUUUAUAAGAAUUUUCUGUAAGUAUUCUGUUAUAUUGUUAUAAGGAUCUCAAUGAUUUAUAUCACAAGGUACCAGAACCUCAUAUUUUGGUUAUACAAAUAUCAGUAACUGCACCAAAUUUAAUGUGUAAUGCUUUUCCUUCUUUGAAUAUGAGCUUCAUAUUCCACUAUUUCAUACUAUAUGAUCCUAAUGUAUCAAAUAUGAUACUCAUCAAAAACACAUGCUUAUUUAAACUGUUGCACUUCAAAGAAUUAAUUUUUUUUUUUUUAAUGACUAUUAAUUCAUAUGUCUGGCUUUACAAGGUCAAUUAUUAAAAAUAUGAAUACUGACCAUAUUAAGAUUGUAUGAUACACAUCUAGGCCUAAAUAAUAAUCCAGGAAAUUAAGAUAGAAAUAGACAAUGAUGCUGGAAACGUUACAGUUUGUUUAGUGGCGGGUGAUUAUUUGUAGCGCAGCCUCUGUGUGCGUCUGAAGCUCAGUCAGGGAGUUUCUCAUUGACGAUGUUUUUUAAUUACUCUGUUAACACUGGUUCAUGCACUUCAGUUGUGUAUCACAUUUCACUCUUAAGUAUAAACAUUUGAAGCAAAUCUUGCAGCUUAUGCUCACUAAAACAAUCAGGAAGUCAUUCAAACAUUUCAUUUUGUUUUUAUGUUUGUAAAAUGUAUUUUUGUCCUUGCACUAACAAAUUAGAGAUCCCAGAAAAUUUCUUAUGCAGAUGUUUAUCUUUCACAAGCAAUUUCUGAUAAAGAGAACCAUGUACCGUGGCAGUAUUUUUCUGUAACGUACGGACUAAUCAGAAGCUUGUUUGUUGCAGGUUGUUGUAAAUAUCUGAGUGAUAUUUUAGCACUUUCACAAUGCAAACGCAGUUGGAUGGUGUGACACUCCGUAACACUACUGUAUGUAGCACUCAUGUGUAAUUGUACAUCACUAAAACUGCUUUUAACAUGG